AUGCCUUUGCAUUUACUAGGAAAAAAAUCAUGGAAUGUCUACAACAAAGACAACAUUGCAAGGGUCCGCAGGGAUGAGGCGCUAGCCAAAGCAAAAGGAGAAGAGGAUGAACGACGUGAGCAAGAGAUUGAUGCCGAAAGGCGAAUUGCUUUAUUGCGAGGCCAGCGCCGGUCACCCUCCCCGCCUAGCCACAACGGCCGUCCAAAUCAGGAGUCAUCUAGCCGUAUUUCUGAAAACCGACAUCGUAAGCGUAGGCGUCUAGUAGGCGAAGAUGAUACCGAUCGGGACAUUAGACUUGCUAGAGAAGAAGCUCUAUUACAAACAAACGCAACUACGAAGAGGGCCAUGUAUAAGUCGGUGAACGAUACCCCACUAACAGACGCGUCAGGCCACAUCAGCCUAUUUCCAGACAAGUAUUCUCAACAAUCUAAGAAGAAUCUCGAAGUUGAAGAAGAAGCCUCGAAGAAAAAGAAAGAAUAUGAGGACCAGUACACAAUGAGGUUUUCUAACGCAGCAGGUUACAAGCAGGGUAUGGAAAAGCCGUGGUACUCCACUUCAAACCAGGAUAUUGCAGCUCAAACCCAAGAUAUUCCUUCUAAGGAUGUUUGGGGCAACGAAGACCCUAGAAGGCGAGAGCGAGAAAGAAUGAGAAUGGAUAUGAAUGACCCAUUGGCUGCGAUGAAGAAGGGGGUCCGCCAGCUCCGCGAUGUUGAGAACGACAGGAAAAGAUGGAAUGAGGAAAGAAAAAGGGAGCUUGACGCUUUGGAACUGGACGAAAGCCAAUCAAAACAAAAUCGCCGAAGAUCUCAUUCCCAUUAUGCUCUCGAAGGCUUUACUCUAGAUGAGAAUCCUGCUUACCCCGAUAGAAGGAAAAAACGCCAUUCUCGCAGGUAUCAUAGAGAAGAGAGCCGUUCAUCGCAUCCUCACUCCCAUGGGCAAAAAAGCUCGAAGAAUCGGGGUAGAGAUUAA